GUGGCUGCUGGCACUAAGAAGGCCGCAGGUGCAGGCAUGCCGUCGGCAGAUGCCCUCGUGCCGUCGUCAGAGGCUACUAAAGAGAAGGCGGCACCACCGGUUGUACCACCUCGUACAAAGAAACGACGAGUCACCGAGCUGAAAUGCUCCGAAGUGCGGUGGUUCUAUCGACGGAAAGUGGUCGAAACCAAGUGGACACCGUUUGCAGGGUGUGACUCGUUGAUGUUGGAAGUAUACUGGCGUAGCAAAUUUGGUGUGGAUUUGGACGUGCAAACCUCACAGCAUCUAUCCGGCAAUAGCGCAUUGACAGCGAAUAAAAUUGCUGUGAUGGAUGGCUUGUAUACAGUUGCAGACGAUGGUAUGACGAUGAUACAAGCGAUCUAUUGGAAAGGUUCAGAUGAUGAGAUGGAAAUCCGUCGUGGCACGUGGUUUCUGGUGGAGAGUCUACAGCCAAUCAAUCCGGAUAUGGCCGAUCCGAUUGAGAAGCAUCACCUGCACGUGUUCCGGUCACAGACCAUUCCGGACACUCCGGUAUUUAGCGAGAAGGAGACGAGCAGGAAGCCGUGUAAGUCUACAGUGUUCGCAUGA